AUGUCUCAGAAGUUCUACGUCACUUACAACCAGGUCCACAAGCUCUGCCAGACCUCGGCGGACCAGAUCCUCAAGGACUUCCACCCCAACCUUAUGAUCGCCAUUGGCGGUGGUGGUUAUGUCCCUGCUCGUAUUCUCCGAUCCUUCCUCAAGCGCACCGGUGACGCCAACAUCCCCAUCCAGGCCAUCGGUCUCUCCCUCUAUGAGGAUCUUGGCCGUGGUGAUGCCGAGGAGGUCCCUGGUACCAAGGUCACUCGUACCCAAUGGCUCGACAUGAGCUCUUUGGAGAUGGCCAACUUGAUCGGCAAGAACAUUCUGAUUGUCGAUGAGGUCGAUGACACCCGUACAACCCUUGAGUACGCUGUUCGCGAGCUCCAGAAGGAUGUCGAGAUUGCCCAGAAGCAGCUUGGCCGCGAGGGCGAGAAGACGAACUUCUUUGUCUUUGUUCUGCACAACAAGAACAAGCCGAAGAAGGGUGUUCUGCCCGCUGAUAUGAUGGAGGGUGGUCGCUACCACGCUUCCGUCACCACUGAUGAUGUCUGGAUCUGCUACCCCUGGGAAGCUAAGGACAUUGAUGAGCACGAUGCUCUGGCCAAGGAGAACCCUCUCUUCUAA